AUGUUUCAACGCACGCUUCCAUCGCUUUUUGCGGCAACGCCCGCUUCCUGGAUGAAGGUUAUGGUGGGGGUGAAGCGCGUGGUGGACUACACGGUCAGGGUGCGUGUCAAAGGCAACAGGAUCCAAAGUGAGGGACUCAAGAUGAGCGUGAACCCGUUUGAUGAGAUUGCCAUUGAAGAGGCCAUUCAACUGAAGGAAAAAAAACUUGUGGGUGAGGUAAUUGCGGUGACGGUGGGGAAUAAAAAAGCGGAAGAGGUCCUCCGCACGGCAAUGGCCCUUGGAUGUGACAAGGCUAUUCAUAUUGUCACUCCCGAGGGCGAGGCUGAGGGACUGGAGCCGUUAGCGGUGGCAAAGAUAUUUCAGAAACUCCACGAGGAGAUAAAACCGGAUUUGUGGAUUUUGGGGAAGCAGGCGGUGGACAGCGACUUUGGAACCACACCGCAGCUCCUGGCAGGACUUCUUGACAUACCGCAGGGAACCUUCGCCUCGAAGGUUGAGGUCAGUGAUGGAAAGGUGAGGGUGACGCGCGAGAUUGACACCGGCCAUCAGAUUGUUGAGUUGCACCUGCCUUGCGUUAUCGCUGCGGAUCUCCGUCUCAAUACACCUCGCUUCCCAAAACUUCCCAACAUUAUGAAGGCGCGGAAAAAGCUCAUUGACUCUCGCGAUGUAUCCUCUUUAGGUGUGGACAUCAGGCCGCGGUUGGUGAGGGAGGCGGUAAUGGAACCACCCCCGCGAAAGGCGGGUGUUAAAGUAAAAUCCGUGGAGGAACUGUAUGACAAGCUGCACAAUGAGGCCAAAGUAAUUUAG